CAAACGGAAAACAUUAUCCGAAAAACAGAAAACAGAAACAGAAAUCUGGAAAUUUAAUUCUUUUCAUUUUGCAUUUUUCUGUGCAGUCUUCCCACACGUCUCCCGUCCUGCUUUCGAUCCCCACCAGCUGCACUCAAGGGCAGCGCAAUGGCUUUUAUGGCUCGACAGAACCAGAGGGGCGAAGUGGUGGAUCGCAAGCAGCUGUCGGGCCGUCGUACCCGUGACAUGCGCGACCUGAGCGACUCGGAGGAGUCGACUGCGGGACUCACCAAUCGCACUCUCUAUCCACUCGUAGCAGAUGCCGACACGGACACAGACUCAUCAUCCUGCACCCUGGUGGGCAAUCGAGAGGAUGUUGCUGAGUUCCUGGACACUGACACCGACACCGAAACCGAAACUAUGGCGAGCUUCUGCCGGGAACUGGAGGAAGGGGAACUGGAGGAUGCAUUGGCAGGUCUCGGCCUCGAGGAGGGCAAUAAGUGGGGCUGCCAGGAGGAUUGGCGAAGUGAGACAGGGACCCUUGUACCGGCCGCAUCUAUCGGCGAUUGCAGGGACCUCUCGGAGUCCACCCUCAUCCAGGGAGGGGCUUCACCCACCGACAGUCUGAAGUCCUACAACAGCUGCAGGACCUACCUCCUGAGCAGUGAAACACCAGAGGACAUGGAGGCCAGCGAAGAUCGCGAGCUGAUGACCAGCAGCAGCUGCACCCCGGACACUGCGAGGGAGUCCCUCUGCAGCUGGAGUGACGCGUAUGCCGCUGUCCUCGAGGCACCGGAGGGUGGGAGUAACUUCCUGCCCUCUCUGAACUUGGAGAGCUGCAGCCCGCACGUGUCCACCGGGUUCAAGAGCCUCGAGGCCCAGAAGAAGGAUCGCGACAGCCUGCAGUUCGAGGCGUGGAAGCAGCGCAAGGCGGAGGAGCGCAAGAAGAAGAUUCUGGCCGCGAAGCGGGAACGCGAGAAGCGCGAAAGGGCGACUACCGAGCGCUUGGAGCAGUCUCAGAGGCAGGUCAGGGAGUGGCGUCUCCGGAAGGAGCAGCAGGAGCGGAACAACACGUCCACGCUCAUCCAAAAGAAGUCCUGCACAUCCGUCCCUGGCCCUGUCCCCAGCUCCGCAGUAUGCCGCCAGAAGGAGACCGCGGAGGAGCGUAGAGAGCGCCUCAAGGAGUGGGAGCGCCGCAAGGUGGCGCAGCAGCAGCAGGAGCGGGAUCGCGCUCGACGCCAGCGUGAGCAGAAGGAGCAGGAGAGGAAGGAGCGGCUGCAGCGGUCCGAGGGGGCCUGGUCCAAGUGGAUGGCCAACAUCGACAAGCGGCCCAAGCCCGUGCCCCUCAACCAGGGCUUUGACUCCCUGCGCGGCAGUGCCUCUCAGAUGUUCAUCAACCCGAACGAGUGGGACUCGAGCACGGAUCCGCCGCCUGAUGCUCGAGACGUUUAGCCAACCGACAAACCCAACCAAAAAAAGAAUUAAUUGUUCAGUUCGAAAUAUUUCCAUUAUUAGUUUAAGUUUCUUAUGUUGGUGGAGCAGCAACGACAGGCCGCAAGAAGUGGAUCUUCACUGUGUCCUCCUCCGAGCCAUCGCCUCGGAACUCUAAUCAGAUAUUUUCUGCUCCAUUGGAACCCAAGAGGCGAAAUCAGAGACUGCUCCUCCUUUGGCUAACACCUGACACGAACGAUCAAUCAGCCCUCCAGACCACAUGCGUCCAGCCUUGUACGAGCAUUUUCAAACAGGAUGGGAGAUGGGAGACGACGCUGUUACA